UCGGGAGUCGCAAGCGAGACGAUGCUCCAUUCGCAGGUAUCAGCAAAGCGUUCCUCGCCGAUCUAACGGCUUUGCAAAAACAACUUCGGCCAGACUUUUUGCAUGAACAUCUGGGUGAGAUUGUGUCUCUGCAAGUGAAAAGCGACACAACUCCUCACUGCGAGUCUCUGUUGAUGAGUCUCGUCGCGCUCGUCAAUGAUCCAAAGAUCAUGAAGAGCAUGACCUCGCAGUGGCUUGAACAGAACGGCAUACUCGCCACGCCAUCAGAUCUCACUGAUAUGCUCGGUUUCCCCAAUGGUAUGGUGAUCGAUGUUCUGAAGAAAAACUGUACUCCUUGUGAAGCUGCUCGUUGGCUCACGGGAAUACUGGGAUACAAUAAGGGCUGUUUUAUCCCUCCUCAAAAUUCCAGGUGCUUCACCGCUGGCUUGCCCACGAUCAUGCCAAAGAAGCUUGCGGAGCCAAUAUUGGACUGGGCCAAGUACGAGACUGCCGCAAAGCUGCUUCAGUGGCAGAAGUUACUGGAUGCGAGGGGACCGGAGGAGAACCGUAAGUCACACAUCAGCUCCUACCUCCGUGCAGAGGGAGAUCAAACAUUGCCCGCAAUGCAUGCACCGAUAGACGUUUCGAGCAACGGAGACACUGGUACCAUGACCGAAGAAGACCUGGCAUGGCUCCACAACGCCAUCAACUUUUGAGUGCGCCAGACGGGGAAACCCCCAUUACGCGCUGCUCUACCUGAGUACUCAGCUGUUCACGCUGCAAUAAUCAGCGAGCCCAUAUGGACGCGCAAAUCGAGAAAUUAGAAUGCAGCCCCGAGCUAUCCUCUCCUCGGCUCCGACGGAGUCGUAUUCUCCAAACAGAGGUUUCGAAGCAGAUAUUCGACAUCGGGCUGUAUGUAUCAGCAUCUUCAAUUUCGG